CCAUUCGAAGUGUUGAAAUACUGCUGGAGGCUGGAGCUCAGGUGGGUCACGGUCACGGCACAAUUAUUUAGCAGGAGCAUUGGAAGUUAACUACAACUCCCACCGUUAACGGCAACACGUCACAACUAGAACCGAAACAGAACAGACCACGUGAUUCAUACACUGUUUUUCUAAACACACCAGAAUUUUUUCUUUAGUUAUUUAGUUAGCGACAGUGUUUGGUUUAUUUUUCUCUACCAUUUUACUAAAGCGGAGAUGGAAGUGGAAACGGCACGACCUUAUUUUUUCGGGGACAUCGGUUUCUGGUCAGAGAGGACAGAGGUUCAUAAGGCUGCAUGUCAAGGACAGGUGUCAGAGCUGCAGAGUUUGAUCCAGAGGGGAGCUUCGGUGAAUAUUGUGGCUGUGGACUCCAUCACUCCGCUCCACGAGGCGGCUGCGAGUGGACAGACACAGUGUGUGAGACUGCUGCUGGACGCUGGAGCUCAGGUUGAUGCCAGGAACGUGGAUGGCAGCACUCCACUGUGUGAAGCGUGCUCUAUCGGGAACUUUGAGUGUGUGAGGCUUCUUUUGGAGUAUGGAGCAAAAGUGAACCCCAUGCUGACCUCUCGUACCACCUCUCCUCUACACGAGGCCUGCAUGGGAGGUAAUGCAGAUUGUGUGAGGCUAGUGAUUGCUAAAGGAGCCAGUCUGGAGGCCUAUGACCUGUACUACGGUACUCCUCUACAUGUGGCAUGUGCCAAGCGACAUCUGGAGUGUGUCAAAGUGCUACUGAAUGCAGGUGUGCAAGUAAAUGCUGCUAGGCUACACGAGACGCCCUUACAUCAUGCUGCCAAGUCCAACAAUGUGGAUAUGAUUGAGCUGCUGGUGGAGUUCGGGGCCAACAUUUACGCCCGAGACAAAUAUGACAGAAAGCCAGUCGACUACACGAGGCCAGAUACGUCCUCAGCACAAUAUCUUCAGCUUUAUGAGAGUAACCCUCUUUCUCUGCAGCAGCUGAGCCGUAUCGCCCUGAGGACGCUGUUGGGCGUCCGAGCUGUGGAUGUGGUGGUCAAACUGGAUAUUCCCAACCGUAUUAUCAGUUACCUCUUAUACCAGUGAACCCUUUCUUUAGAAGUUCACAGAUACCAUGGAAGUACGUUUUACCUCAGAUGCAAAACAAACAUAUGAAGCACUGAAAUCUCUCGAAAAAUAAAUAUUAGUUAUAUUGGCACUUAAGAGCAUUAAAGGUGAAUGAUGUAAAAGUUAAGUUUAAAGGUUGCUUGUAAAUGAAAAUUCUGUCAUUAUUAACUCAGUUUCAUGACUUUAUCCCAAUGGGGUCCAAAAUAACCUUUAGUCCCUACCAGUGUUGGGUAAGUUACCCAAAAAAAGUAAUCCACUACAAAUUACUAAUUACUGCUCUAAAAUUGUAAUUUGAUUACAUUACUGAUUACUGCAAGUAAAAAGUAAUCAGAUUACUAAUUACUUUACUUUCAAGUUACUUUGAAAACCUAUUAAACCUACAAGGAAAAAAAACUACAAAAAGUGAAACUCAGUUCUUUCCAUAAUUUAAUAUUGACUGAAAAAUAUUACAGAAAUAUGAAAACUUGAAUUAAAGAUCCAAUGCAUUUCUAUAACUUAACAUUCUUAACAUAAACUUGCCUAACAAUGAAAACUGUAGUCUUUUUAAAUGUAUAUACAGUAUGUCUUAACUACAUAUGGGCUGUCGUUCCAUGGAAGCUUCUAUUAUUACAAGUCCAGAUGUCUGCGGUUGUGGAGACGUAUUCCAAACGAUCGAAUGUUUUUUUUUAGUUCAUACUCCAUAUCCGUAUAGGGCUGUCACUUUUCGUUCGAAAAUCGAUUGCACAAUAGAUCGGACCAACCAAAAAAAGUUUCAAAAAUGAAAAUAGGGAAUCGAUUUUGACCAAACUAUUAAUUUUACAUUUACAUUUUACAAUUUUAAUUAAACAAUUACACAAAUAUAGAUGUAAAAAAAACUCGUGUUGGGGCUUAAUUUAUAUCAUCUAAACGCGGGUUCGGGCUUGCGCACCGGUUUGUGAGGUAAAUUAAUAUUAAUUGAUAGGUAAAUCGAUUAGCGCGAGAAAGAUGUGAAAUGGAUGCUGAGUAGGUGUAACGGAGGCUUGCCUCUGGCGAAAAUAGGUUUUGGUUGCACCACCAACUAAAGCAAAGUUCUGAGGUGUGGAAAAGUUUUGACCAUGCUUAUAAUGAGAAUAAUGAGUGAAUAAUCACCAUCAGUGAGCGCAGUAACGCGCUGAAGACAUCUACAGUGGAUUCAAUCAUUUUCCUCCACAAAAACAUGUUGACCUAGCCUAAUCUCUGUGAGUAAAGGUUUUUCAAAUGAUAACUAUAUAUUCAUUAAGGCUUAAAUGCAUAUGCGUAUUUACGCUAAUGUUCGCAUUAUUCUUUUAUUAAUGUCAUCUGAUAUGAGAAGCAAACCCGGCAGAGCCUUUAUCUUAAUUUCGUUAUUGCCAAAUACCAUAUCUUAAUUUAAUCUGUUAAAAAAGAUCGUUUUUAUUGGUGCGUUGGUUUAUUUAUAGGCUAAAUGAGUCUAUGUCUAUUUAGAGUGCUGAGAUACGAUGUUACAGAGGACUUAUUUUAUUUCUUUAUUCCAACUUCCAAGUGGUCUACGUUAGUUAUGAAUAAAUUAUGUUAAAACAUGUAUAAAUGACUCAUUGUUGACAAAAGGCAAAAGAGCUGUGCGUGUAUGCGCACAUCUGAAUGUCGGGCUGCGCUCCACACUGGUUCGGGGUUUAAAAGGCUGUCAAUCAAAAUGUACUUCGGGCUCGGGCCGAAACCUGUCGAGCUUCGGUCCUGUCAGGCCUAACUUUUAAGGCCCGAUUACAGCUCUAAGGCCAAUAAAUAAGAAAUAUUGCUGACUUGUGCGUUUGCGCUCUCGUUCGUCCGAUAUGUGGCGUUGAAAAAGGAAACCUGUCCAGAAGUUACCUUCCCUCCCGAUCUUAAACAAAAAUCUCCGUCCAUUUUAGCAGCACGAGUUCUCCAGUAAUUCAUUAAAGCGCAUGCUCAAUAACUGACGCAGCCGCCCCAAAACGUGAUUAGAAAUGCAUUUAAAUUUAUUUACUUUAAUAUUUUUUCGUAGUACUAAUACAUUUGUAACGCAAGUAACUUAAUUUUAUUGACAUCAGUAACUGUAAUCAAAUUACAUUUAUUUUAAAUGUAAUGAGUUACAUUACUGCGUUACCACGAAAAGUAAUUAGAAUACAGUAACGCGUUACUUUGUAACGCGUUAUACCCAACUCUGGUCCCUACUCUAUGAAGAAAAAGCGCUGAGAUAUUUUUAAAAAUACCUUCAUAGGGAGUAAAUGACAGACUGUCCUUUUAAGUAACAAGCACAACAGAUUACAUGAAUAGGAAGCACUUCUUAAUAGCACUUCUCAGCAGAACAGUCUAUAUUUUGUUGUAAAAUAUGUUGUCUUAAUGGGUCUGAGGUGAAUUUAGGACUGAUGGAAACCAUUAUAUGUACACUAAAUAUUGCCGGAAAAAAGAGCAGGAGAUAGAGACCCAAAAGAGAGGAAACACUUAAUCUGGCAGCUGUCUACAUUCAGGAACUCCUCUGACCACUAAAUUAAGUCCAGGGAAACUUUUAGUCGCUCAGACAACGGACACUAUGCACAACACACAGCAUUGCUGGAAACGAGCAUGUUAACAUCCUCAUGCUCAUAUUAGAGAUUCAUUGUAGGAGAUCACAGCAGCUACAACAAAGUCUUAUUGAUAAAACACCGGCAUUCGUUUUAUGACAUCAAGCACUUUGAGUUAUACCACCGUUUUGCCACAUUCAUUGUCCGUGUUCCGCUAUAGUGACGCCACAGUGACACUGAAAGAAACCAGUUUACAGCUGUGUUUUAUUGUAGUGCUGUUGUUUUAGUUACACCGGUUGUAAUAUUUUACAAUUCAGGUGAAGGAUUUAAUAUAGUCUAUAUGUCUGUUUCCUUAUACUGUUUUUUUUUUUCUGAAUUGAGGAAAAGAUAUUAAGAUUGCAUGAAUUUAACUGCUGUAAUUUAAUUAUUUAAGUUAAUCAGAAUAUUCUGCAGGAAAAUGCAUCAGGCUGGACUUGAUUUGAUGCAUUACGAUUUGAUUGGGUCUUGAAAUGUUGGGCUUUAAUUUUGUAUGUCUUUUAUUUAAUAUAAUGUAUCCUCAAUUUGGACGCCUUGGCAAAAAUAUAAGUCUUUUCAGAUGCAAACAAAGUAUUAUUUUCAUGAAAGAUAAUGAUAGCAGUUCUAAAAUUGCAUUGCAUGCACUUAUGAAUUGCAUAUGCAGAUAAAUUACAGCAUGCACACUACUGUUAGGGGUCGGUAAUGUUUUGUUUCUGAAAGGAAUUAUUACUAUUAUUCAGCAAGGAUGCAUUAAAUUGAUAACAAUUGUAUAUGUUUAUAACAAUUAUAAUUAUUAAAAAAAAAUGUAUGUA